UCUGCCCGAGGUUAUAAAUACAAAUCUAAAACCACUUGUAGAUUUAGAUUUACUUCAGUUUUCUAACCGUUCACACACUGACACAUUGAAUAUUGUACAAUUAAACAAGUUGCUUUAAAGUGCUAUGUCUGACACUGUCAACGAAAAUAGGAUUAUGAAUUCACCAAACAAAAUGGAGAAAAAAGAUUCUGCUUAUAAAAGGAGUAAUAAACCGUUUAUGGAAAAGAAAAGAAGGGCACGCAUUAACAACUGCCUGACACAGCUAAAGACGUUGGUGCUUCAAGCGAUGAGAAAAGAUACAAACCAGUACUCAAAGCUUGAGAAAGCGGAUAUCCUGGAAAUGACGGUAAAACACUUACGUCAGCUUCAGCGUCAACAGGUAUCACAAGCUAUGACCUGCGACCCGACUGUCGUCACCAAAUACAAGGCCGGGUUCAACGAAUGUGCGAACGAGGUCAUGAGGUACCUUGGAUCAGUUCAAGGCGUCGAGGGGGAAACCAGAAAUAGACUGAUGAGCCAUUUAGGCAACGUUGUAACUCAGUUAAAUAGUCAGACAUCCGAACAAUGUCAGCAACCGCUUAAUGUUCAAAUUCCUCACCAAUCAAAUCAGCAAGGACUACAUAGUGCUCAAAAUGGUUGUCUUCUUAUGCCAGCCGUUCAUACAUCGCCAUUAGUGCUUCAGCAAGUACAAAACUUAAACGUUUCAAACAUGUACAAUCAGGGACAAAACUCACAACAGCAUCCACAACGUACAGCAGGAAAUACUGCUCAGCUGUGUGGUUCAUUUCAAAUAGUGCCCAACACAAACUCUCCGUCCGCUGUUGCGGUGUACCUCGGACAAUCUCAGCCGAUGCAACAAAAUGUUCAUUCCACCUCAGCUCCGGUUUGUAACCAAGCUGUACCACUAUAUACCUCGAGAUCUCCACCAAGAACAAAAGCAAGCAUGAAAGCUUACGAUUCUUCCGCGUUUUCUCAAGUAUCGAACUCAGACAUUUCAGAUACUUCGUCGUCGCCAUCUUGUUCACCCUCAUCACAUGAAAUGACGUCAUAUACAGCGUCUCAAAUGGACAUUAAUUUACAGGGACUUGUUAAAUUUGGUAGGACACCGAGUCCAUUAAAAGUUGAAGAUGUUUGGCGGCCUUGGUAGACUUCUGGACUUAAUAUUAAUUGAUUAUACAAAAAGUUUUUAAUUGCUUCCAAAUUCGUUAUUAAAAUGGUUUGACAUUGCAAUCUCUCAUAUCCAUUGGAAGACAAUAGACUCGUGCAGAAUGUCUUUUGACAUGACUGCCUCAUAUUUUCAUUAUAUAACCACACAAUGUUAAUGUACACGAGGUUAUAAUACAAUUUACAAACAUUUUAGUGCUUUGUCCUGGAGAUAAACUUUUACACCAUUAUUAUUGAUUAAUAUGUAAAAAAAGUGCAUUACUUGUGUUUAAAAUGUUAUGUUUAUUAUGUUUGUUUUUUACGAUUGUUGCGAAAUAGAAAAUAUGAAAACCCUA